ACCCUUACCGUUUUCUUCCUUUCAACAGCAAAUAAGGAACCAGAUCUGAGUAAGGUCCUUGACAUACGGUUCUGGCUGUCUACUGUUGCAUAUGGAAUUAUCUGCUGCUGAUAUUCCAAUUCCCCGAAUUAGAAUAUUCGAACCUCCACCUGAUCCAAGCAGGCAAGCUGCAAGCAGCACCUAAGAACUUCAUUCAUGCCGAGAUAAGAAUUCCAAAAAUUCUUCUCGGACGUUGCACACUCUCAGUCGACACCAGAGAAAUCGGAAACUAGAGAAAGAAGCUGAACUUUUCUUGUGUUAGCGUUCCCGCCAAAGCAAGUUCUUCCUCCCCCGAGCUACCUCCAUCCUCUGCGUCCUCGAACGUCACCAACACAGCUGCCCCUCCUUACACAUCAUUUCUUCUCGAUUUUUCCUCAUCCCCUUUUCAUCAAACACGUUUCCCACCUCCUAAGAGGUAGCUUAUGCUUGUGUUCUGGUUCGGAAUUCUUGACUGCUUCUUCUUCUUCUUCCGUGGCGGAAGAUGAAUCCGACAUCGAAUUGGGACGCCUAUUGGCUCUAUUGCCGGAGGAGAUGCGACGGAGGGUAAGCGAACACCCGGAACUCCACCGCCUGAUUGAGGUUGUAAUGGAUUUGGAUCGGAAACCUUUGGCUCGGUUCCCCUCCAGCGACUUCGUCCUCUCUGAUCAGACCCUGCAACAAAACCUUUAGCUUGGUUUAAAGGCCGUCAGCGACUGAAAGAGGGAGACAAAGAGAAGGAGGAUCUUUGCAACAAAACCUGCAUCAGACCCUGCAACCCAUGGCGUGGUGGCAUUGAUGGACUUCUGCCAGAGGUAAGCUGGGAUUUCGGAAACUCCUCGAUCUGCACUGGAGGUCAAUGCAAGAUUGGAGCAACGGAUUUGGUAGCAGUAGCCAUGAAAGUUCCAGCGAAUGUCCCUGCGGCAACGACAACUGUUACUGGGUUUAUUACUCGGAACAUCUUCUUCCCCUUCCAACCUUGUCAAAGCUUCCAUGGGCUCAUUUUCCCUCUUCUUGGAAAAGUAGCGACACCUCUCUUAGCACCAGCGACUGUGUUCACCUUGAAUGUUGAAAUCUUCCCCGCAACCCUUAGUAUUCUUGACUGCACACCCCCUGUGUUCCGACCAGGUGACCCCAGUCUUUGAGGUCCGCCCCUAUUCCUUCCUCUCCAUCCUCCACCACCAUCCAUCGAAGCUUUCUAGCCGGUCUAGCCGGUCCACCCCCUGUGUUCCGACCAGGGCCUUGGGGAUCUCGUGUGCUGCUCAAGGUCCCCCCAUUUUAGGUUUUCUUCUACAACUCCAGUAAAAUCCCACUGUUUCCGCAGUUCCGGUGACUUUUGCAGUUAGAUUUUCUUCUACAACUCCACUGUUUCGGCAGUUACAGCGGUUCCAAUGGUUACAACGAAGAAAAUGAGGAGGAUACGGAACUACGGAUUCUGUCCACUGCGUGACCCCGAAUCAUCAUUGUCUUCUAUUUCUGCCUGCUAGCACUAAACGUGGACGAUAUAGCAGUCAUCGAAAUCCGCGGUUCGCAAGCUAAAGGGGCUAAUCGGUCAUUCCAUUAUUAUUUUCUUAACUACUGAAGUUUUGGAUUGAAGAGUUCAGGAGUGAAUAGUUCGCAAGCUAAAGGAUCCUCAUGCUUCAUUUUGAAUUUCUGGUUUUCGUCUGCCUUUAUUUUCAAUCUUAAAUUCGUGACUGUAGUCUGCAAGCUCGGGAUUUCCAAUUCAAGGUGAUCUGAAUUGCCAUGGAAAGCAAGGAGGACAGUGAAGUACACAACUGUGUUAUGAAGCUGAGGGAGAAUCCUCAGAGACACAAGGAAAAAGUUUAUAUUGGCUGUGGGGCUGGGUUUGCAGGUGACAGGCCAUUGACAGCUCUCAAACUUCUUCAGAAAGUUGAAGAGCUAGACUAUCUUGUACUUGAAUGUCUGGCAGAGCGCACCCUGUCUGAUUGUUACCAACUUAUGAUAUCCGGUGGCGUUGGUUAUGAUUCUCGGAUAUCAGAAUGGAUGUCUUUGCUUCUACCUUUGGCAGUGGAGAGAAAAACUUGUAUAAUUACCAACAUGGGUGCAAUGGAUCCCCUUGGUGCACAGGAAAAAGUCUUAGACAUAGCUAGUAGACUGGGGCUCAAUGUAUGUGUUGCUGUGGCUCAUGAAGUUGCUUUAUCAAAAUCAGGUGUAAGCACAUACCUGGGUUCAGCUCCUAUUGUUCAGUGUUUGGAGAGGUACAAACCACAUGUUAUAAUCACUUCCCGAGUUGCUGAUGCAGCCUUAUUCUUAGGCCCAAUGGUGUAUGAAUUGGGUUGGAAUUGGGAUGACUUGUAUAUGCUAGCACAAGGGUCUCUGGCUGGUCAUCUUCUGGAGUGUGGGUGCCAACUCACAGGAGGAUACUUUAUGCAUCCAGGAGAUAAACACCGAGAUAUGUCUUUUCAGAAUCUUUUGGAUUUGUCUCUUCCUUUUGCUGAAGUUGGUUUUGAUGGAAGAAUCUGUGUGGCAAAGGCAGAUGGCAGUGGAGGGUUUAUAAAUUUUAGUACUUGUGCAGAACAACUUCUUUAUGAGGUUGGAGAUCCUGCUGCUUAUGUUACUCCUGAUGUGGUUAUAGAUUUUCGAGAUGUUUCCUUCCAGUCGUUGACAAGGAAUAGGGUUCUCUGCACUGGAGUAAGGCCAUCUGAUCAACAUGUUCCUGAUAAACUUUUACAAUUGGUUCCAAAGGACUGUGGAUGGAAAGGCUGGGGGGAGAUAUCCUAUGGAGGAUAUGGAUGCGUACACCGUGCGAAAGCAGCUGAGUUUCUGGUCAGGUCAUGGAUGGAAGAAAUGCUUCCUGGUGUUAACAACCACAUAUUUUCCUACAUUAUUGGACUUGAUAGCCUGAAGGCAACCAAUAUCAGUGAUGACACUUCAUUGAGGAGAGAUAGUGCAGAUGUAAGGCUACGGAUGGAUGGAUUGUUUGAUCUGAAGGAACAUGCACUUCAUUUUAUGAAAGAGUUCACAGCCUUGUACACAAAUGGACCAGCUGGUGGGGGUGGAAUCAGCACGGGACAUAAGAGAGAGGUUGUUCUUCAAAAGGAACUGGUCAAACGUGAAUGCAUCUUCUGGAAAACAGGAGCCAAAAAUGCCAAAAUCAUGGAUUUGGUGAACCAAGAUGGUGGUUUGAAGGAGGAUACGGAAAGACUUGUUAUACAUGAGUCACUCUUGCAGCUAGUCAGACAGAAUCAGGCAUGUGGUGCUCAUUCAGAGUUGCCAUCACCAAACAUUGCUCUUGCUCCUGCUCCAUGUGGUCAGAAGAUUCCUCUCUAUGAUAUAGCCCAUAGCAGGGCUGGGGAUAAAGGAAAUGACUUGAAUUUCUCAAUUAUACCCCAUUUCCCUCCAGAUAUUGAGAGGCUGAAGUUGAUCAUAACACCCAAAUGGGUGAAGGAGGUGGUAUCAACUCUUCUAGAUACCACUUCAUUUCCUGAUCCAGAUGCUAUCAAGAAAAGAAACAGUUGGGCUGAUGAACAUGUAAAGGUGGAGAUUUAUGAAGUUGAAGGAAUACAUUCUUUGAAUGUUGUGAUUCGUAACAUCCUUGAUGGUGGUGUCAAUUGUUCCAGGCGGAUUGAUCGGCAUGGAAAGACCAUCUCAGAUCUUAUAUUGUGCCAGCAAGUCAUAUUGCCUCCUUGACACUYGGUGCAACUUUGCAUUGUUGCUUAUUUGCUUUUUUUGAUCAGUGGGCAGCAUUUUCAUUGUUUUGUAUCUUGGAAAGCUGUGUCCCACAAGAUGAAUAAUGGCUGGAA